AUCACCGCUUACUGCUAAACUUACUGCCGGAAAGCAAGGGAAUACCUAGAAAGGAGCAAACUUUACGACCAACAUAGAAUAAGUAGCUUUAAAAAAAAGAAAAAAAAAACUUGCAAGGAGAGGAUAAAUUUGGUACCUCCACAACAGGUGGACGUCGUCUUUUGUUGCUUCCAACUCGUAAGAAGAAGAAGAAGUAAAAAUGGCCAACUCGGGUCUUCAGAUUUUGGGAUUCGCCCUGGCUCUCCUGGGCGUAAUUGGAUUGAUAAUUGGAACCAUUUUGCCCCAGUGGAAGAUGUCCGCUUAUGUGGGGGACAACAUCAUCACAGCGGUGGCCAUGUACGAAGGACUGUGGAUGUCCUGUGCGUUCCAGAGCACGGGACAGAUCCAGUGCAAAGUGUACGACUCGAUGCUGCAGCUCAACGGUGCCCUCCAGGCAACCCGUGCCCUCAUGAUUGUGAGUAUUCUCAUAACGCUGGCUGGUCUGGGUGCAGCCUGCAUGGGAAUGAAGUGCACCAACUGUGGUGGAGAUGACAAAGUGCGCAAGUCUCGCAUUGCCAUGGCUGGUGGCAUUAUCAUUUUGGUUGGAGCUCUGUGUGCCAUUGUUGCCUGUUCUUGGUAUGCUCAUGACAUCAUCCAAGCCUUCUACAACCCUUUCACCCCUGUUAAUACCAAGUAUGAGUUUGGUUCUGCUAUCUUCAUUGCCUGGGCUGGUGCAUUCCUGACUGUAGUGGGAGGUGCCAUGCUGGCAGCAUCCUGUCCAAGAAACAAAUCCACACCAAAGUAUCCCAUCUCCAGACCCCCCAGCAGCAAGGAGUACGUUUGAACAGGACAGAACCCGACUCAGUUAGAGGCUGAAGGACACUUUGACAUUCAUGCUAGUCCAGCUCAGAGAUUGAAACAUUGAAAAGAUGUAUCCCAAGAGGCGAUUUGUACCGGUCUAUUUUUUAUUUUGUAUUUUAGUUUCUGCAGGGCUACCCUAUGAUGUUACUGUAAUAUUAUUAUUUUAACAAACUCAUUAAAGUUUUUAAAUAAUGGUUGUUUACUUCUAAAAACAAGCCUAUUGGCCUUGCCCUGUCUGGAACUGUAGUCAGUGCUUGCUUUGUAAUGUAUACCAUAUAGUAUACUAUCCACGUCGUUGACACCUGUAAAGCACUAAAUUAAAUUGAGAUAGAUCAUCCAGGAUGUUGUACGACAUGUAGAAAAUGUUUCUCACAUGCUGCAUGGUGAAGUGUGCUUGGGAGAUUUAUUUGAAAGCACUGCAUAGAAAAGAUACGGCAAUGGUCAACCGUUUAACUGUGUAGGCUGAAUGCACAGCACAUGGUUCAUCUGGCACCUGAGAAACGACAGGUCACCAUAAUUUCCAUAUAUUUGUGCCUUAUUUAUAUGAACACCACAAAUCAUUCAGUACCAAUGCAGACUUUUUUGUUUUUAAUCAACUGCUGGAGUGUAACUGUAAUUGCAUAAAUGAAAAUAUAUUGAUUAUUUUAACUUGGAUUGCCAAUAUAUUUGCUGACCUGACAGAUAUUGUGACUUAUUUUUGUGACUGUUCUGUAAUGAUUCCUGUUUAUGUGUAUGGGCUUGGCUUAUGUUUGUUUUUUUAGUCACAAUAGCAGUUGCACUCAUCAAAUUUUCAUUUUUUAACGAACUUUUUAAAGUGCGAUUUGCAAUGUGUUUGUGUUGUACAUACAAUAAAAGUGGAAUAUUUACUGUU